AGUUAAUAAACGAGAUAUUAUAAUCAUUCAUUUUAUAAACCUAACGUAAUAAUAUAUCUAUUCCAGAUUAUUACAAAAUAGUAAAUACAUAUUAUUAUUAUGUUAUUUUUUGUUAAAAGUUUUAAGUUUCAUUACAAAUUCACAUAAUAAUAACAUAAUAUAAUAAUCCCUAUUCCCUAUUCCCUUCUGAGUUCUGACAAGAAAUCAGGAGUCGCGGAACACAGGCACAUUGCAGUUGCUGCUCACCAGAGACUACAGAAAUUGAUCACCGAUACUUUGAUAACUUAUGUGGUUUAAACGUAGAUGCAGACAUAAUAUAAUAUAUAUCUAGAAGAAUUAAUUUUUUAAUAAAAUAAUUUCUUAUUUCAAAACUGAAUAUGGAUCUCAACAAUUUUCUUAAAUUUUGCCAUGGAAAAGUAAAUUUACACCCGGAAUUUGUUCUGAAUCAAUGUGAUCCUAAUACUAUUUCAUAUAUUCGCCCAUUUUGUCUAAGUGGUGUUGAAAAACCCAUAGUUGGCUACAUUUAUAAAAAGCAUACCCCAAAAGUUGUGAACUCUAUUGCUAAAAAUUGUUCAAGUUCUGAGGAUGAAGAGUAUGAUGAAUUAGAAUUAACUGGAAAUCCAUUAGAAUGCCCUUUCAGUCCAAUAAAAGCUCAAAAAGUUCACAUAGAAAUAAACAAACCAGAAGACAGUCAUAUUCCUUUAAAUUUGCUCCAAGCAAGGCAAUUGGUAUAUUUAAAAUUAAAGGAUGAACAGUUUUUAAGUGUACCAUUAUUUAUAUUAUGUGAUGGAUUGAAAAACAAUACAAUUUUAUUGGGUGGUGAUAUAUCUGAAGGAUGGCAUUCUCGUUAUUGGGGCGAGUAUAAAGGACGUAAUGAUGUGGCACAUGAUGAGCUUUCUGUACAAACUAUGAUAGAAACACAUAAACAAUUUCCUCAAGCGUCAACUAUGAUUUUAGAGUCUAAAGUGUCUGCAGUUAUAAAUUUGACCUCAGCUACUAAUACUGAAGAGUUCACUUUUAUUGAAAAUGGUCCUGGCAUGGUCAUACUUAAUCUUAGCUGGCGACGACCAUCUCUUUUUGCUCCUCUAAUGUCAACAGAAUCGUUUAUUAAUGUUCAGUGUACAUUAGGCCACGAAACUAGUCCAUUACACUCAUUAUGGCACCAAUUACUCUUCUUAGAGGAUUUAAUUGAACAAUUAACAUAUCUGAAAGAUGAAUGUUUGACAAAUAGACAUAACAUUGUGUUUCCUCAAUUUCAAGGUGAUAUAAGAGGCAGUGCUAAUGGACAAAUCGUUGAAAUGUUUCCUGCUAUGUUGCAAAGCAUAUCCUCUACAUUGUACAAACGAGGUAAGUUUGGGGGGCAAGAAGAUAAUGAUCAAAAACUAUUUUGUCAAUGUGUCAGAGAUGUUAUUGCUGCGGAAUGUAUUCAACAAGAAUUCACUGAUAAACUUUGGACCUAUUUGUUGGAAUGCAAAUCAUAUAAUGAUCUAAUUGAAUGUUUCAAACAUUUGUACAAAGCAGUAAGAAAUGAAACUUUCAAACCAUUGAUUAAAUCAACAAAUGGUACACGAUUAGCUCAAAUAUUAAAAUCAUUACCAGGAAAUACAGCGUCCAAUCCAGAAAAACUUUAUGACCCUGUUCAGUUAUUAAUUGAAAUUGGGAUUGAAAAACUUAAAAAUGAUUACACGCAAUCUUUUUUAAUUUCUAAAAUAGCUUUAGCGGAUCACUUAAAAUUAGAAAUAAAUAAUAAAUUUUGUAAUAUUGAUUAUUCAGAUUGGUGGACAACAUUAAACUCAUGGAUGAUUUGGUUAUGUAGAGUUCAUACAGUUUUAGACUUAGCUGCUGUCACUGAAUCUAUGUUAAAUAUAACUACACAAAGUAUGAUGCCUGUCAUCACAAAUGCUUUGCGUUAUUAUCUUGGAGAUUCAUCUCCUAUAAAAGCUAUCACUUCUGUGAAAACAUUACCACUACAGAUUUUUCGAUCAUCAAUCAAUACACAUUUUAUUGAACAUCAUAUACCAAAAGCUUUUACUUAUGACAGUUGGACGUUACAAUUAACAUCACAAAAUUGUAAUCGACGCGUUAUUAGUAUAUUUCAUCGCAAUGCUGAGAAUAUAUUGCCUAAACAAAUAUACAAAGAUGUUACUAAUGGAGAAACUAAGGAAAAAUUAAUGGACCAAACUACUUUACCUCUAGAAACGUAUUACUGCAUCAACUUCCAUGUAUUGUCAGAUCAUCUUAGUUAAUGAUUUUUUUUAAUUGUAAUUAUUUUUAUUGUAUCUAAUAUCUAUGAUAUACAUGUUUACUGUUUAGAAUUUUACAAUAUAUUUGUUUAAAAUGAAACAAUUAUUUGUUAUGAAGUGAAAACCAAUUUUGUAUUAAAAUAUUUUUUACAUUUAAUUAGUUUUUAUUUUGUCUAUUAAAAUAUAAUUUCAUUUUUAACCUAA